AUAAAUAAAAUAAAAUAAAGCGUGAAUGUUUUUUCCUUUGCAGGGUUUAAGCGGCGACUAAUGGAAACACACUGCAAUUUCUGGCUUCCGAAGAAGAAGAGAUUUUGCGCAAACACCCUUCUCAAAGAUUCACAGUUUUGCGGAAACCACACCCAAAGAUCUAAUGGACAAUGGAUUCCUUGCCCUAUCCACCCUUCUCACUCUGUGCUGGAAGAGAAUCUCCAAAGUCACCUUAAGCGAUGCCCAUUUUACAAACAAGCUCAAUCUUUAUUACUUCAGCCUUAUUACCAAGAAGGGAUCAAUGCUGGUAAAGAACAACAAGGGGACCAGAAUUUUAGUUCAGAGAUGAAGAGAAAUGCUGUUCAUUCAAUGACCCCUUUUCAAUUCUCCCUUUUGAUUAAUAAAAUCAAGUCUCUUCAUGCUUCUCUAUGUAAUGACAUCCGUGAUUCUUUCAAGAUUCCACAAGCGUGUGACAUUUGGACUAAUCGACAAGUGGACCGGACUUUACCUUUUCAAGAAAAACAUGUAAUGCAGCAAGCCUCAAUUCUUGGGAAUCUAGAAGAAUUUGGGGUUCUUAAAGUUAAGUUAGAAACAUCAGUGGAUGAUGAUGAUGGUGUUCCUGCAGUUGUUGAGUUUGGAGCGGGGAGAGGGUACUUGACGCAAGUUCUGACCGACUGUUAUGGAAUUGACAAGAUUUUAUUGGUCGAACGCAAAUCAUACAAGCUCAAGGCUGAUCGGAGUCUGCGACAGAAAGAGAGUGUUACACUAGAGCGGUUGAGAAUUGACAUUGAGGACCUAAAAUUGGAUGCUGUUGAGAGCUUACAAGGAGUUCCUUAUCUGGCAAUUGGUAAACAUCUUUGUGGGCCUGCUACAGAUAUGACUUUAAGAUGUUGUAUCAGGGAACAGUGUGAUGAUUCUCCUUCUGAAUCGACUUGCCCCAUGAUUGGCCUAGCUAUAGCUACAUGUUGUCAUCAUCUUUGUCAGUGGAAGCAUUACAUAAAUAAGCAAUAUAUGUUGAAUUCGGGAAUCAGCAAGGAUGAUUUCAAUGCCAUGACAUGGUUUACCAGCUGGGCCGUCGAUGCAGAUCAUGGGUCAGACCUCAGUGGCACUGAUUGGUCUUUUGAUCUACAGAUCAGGGAAAAUGAGCAUGUAGAAUCAGAUCUAAAUACAUAUGAAGUCAAAGACAUGGUGAAGAAUAUGAAGGCUGUGGAUAGAGCCGUUGUAGGGUUGAUGUGUAAGGAUAUUAUAGAUGUUGGGAGGUUUAUGUGGCUCAAGGAACAUGGACUUGAAUGUGAGCUUGUCAAGUAUGUUCAGUCAAAUAUCUCUCCAGAAAACCGUUUGUUGGUUGCGAGGCAGAAAAGCUGAGUGUUAACAUGCUGCUGUACACUGCAUUUGUACAACAACAACAAACUAAAUGUAAUCCCACAAGUGGGGUUUGGGGUGGGUAAUGUAUAUGUAGACCUUACUCCUACCUUGUGAAGGUAGAGAGGCUGUUUCCGGUACACUGCAUUUGUAUCCCUCAGAUAUUUAGCUUUCUCAAACCUGUAGGUCUAAUUCACAAUUUGAUAAUGUAUUCUGGAUAUCAGCAUUUUUUGAGUAGAUGUGUUUUAGAGGUCA